AGUGUGUUCCAGCUCUAAUACAAAACAUAAACACAACUGAUUUGUAACAAACUUAAUAUCAAUUUCUAACUUCAAUAUCCAUUUGUCAUACUCGGAAAUGGAAUCUCCCAGAGCCCAGACACAAGGCAACUCUCUGGGGUCGGACAGGAGCGGGAACAACACCAACACAACACAGAGGAACAACAUGACCAUCUACCACGAGCGCCAGACGCGACACUUGUGCGGCCUGCACGCUCUCAACAAUCUGUUCCAGCGCCCCGGCAUGUUCUCCAAGGCGGAACUGGACGAGUAUUGCACAACGCUGACGCCACGUUCCUGGCUGAAUCCGCAUCGCUCCUGGAUUGGCUGGGGCAACUACGAUGUCAACGUUAUCAUGUACGCGGUACAGCAGAGGAGUCGCGAGGUCGUAUGGUUCGACCGACGGCGGGAUCCGAGUUGCCUGGACCUCACAGCCAUAUUUGGCUUCAUCCUCAAUGUCCCCGUACAGAUGACCAUCGGCCAAUUGGUGCCGCUGCCCUUCCAGAUGCGUCACUGGCUGGCUGUGCGUCGAAUCAAUGGUAGCUACUACAACCUGGACUCCAAGCUGCGCCAGCCUGCCUGCCUGGGCACUGAUGAUGCCCAGUUCCUUGACUACCUGCGUGAACACCUGCAGCCGGACAACGAUCACGAGCUGUUACUUGUCCUGGACGGUGUGGAUGAAAGCUCCGCAUCGGGAGCGGCGGAGACGAAGGAGCGAUGGCUGCUACCGCAGUUUAGGGAAUAAGCUUUGCUAUUGCUAAUGGGAAAUAAAAACUAACAACAAUAACUUAA